ACCGCGUUGAGAUCCGGAUGCCUCUCUCUCUCGCUCUCUUUUUGCUCAAGGAUCUAUUUUGUUCCUUAUCGUCUUGCUUGCGCGUUCUCUUUUGAAGCAGAUUUUCCACCAGCCAAGAAAGAGAGAUAAAGGAGUCACUAAGAAGAUUGCUAACAAACCCUAGGGGAAGUGGAGGUGGAAGAAGAAGAAGAAGAAGAAGAAGAAUUCUCUCUGUCAUCGUGUUUUUCAUCUGAUUCAAGCCCUACAAUUCAUUUGCAGCGCCGAGGGUUGUGUAUUUGGAGGCUUAAGGAAGGGGAUAUUGGUUGUGAGGGUUAGUUUGUGGGGGCUAUUUGAGUCGGUGCUCAAGUUUUUUGAGCUUUUGUUUGUGUGAUUAUGUGCCUUGCGAACCACAGUUCUGGUUUGUGAGGUGGAUGAAAUUGGUUGCCCAGUUGUUGGAAUUGGAAUUGGAAUUGGGUGUGGUGGUGGGGGCGAGGUGCUAGGGGUUUUUGUGUGUGUUUGUGGGGCAUCCGUUGUUCGUUGAUGCUCAUGCAAUUUUCUUGCUUUUCAUGCCGCCAGAACCUUUGCCGUGGGACAGGAAAGACCUCUUUAAGGAGAGGAAACACGAGAAGUCGGAGGCCAUAGGGUCUGCGACCAGAUGGAGGGACUCUUAUCAUGGAUCUCGCGAGUUCAAUCGGUGGGGUUCUGCUGAUUUUCGAAGACCUACUGGUCAUGGUAAGCUGGGUGGUUGGCACCAGUUUUCUGAAGAAACCAGUCACGGUUACGGGCCUUCUCGGUCAUUCAGUGACAGGGUGUUAGAAGAUGAGAGCUUCCGGCCGUCAGUUCCUCGUGGAGAUGGAAAAUAUAAUAGAAUCGGAAGAGAAAGUAGAGGUUCUUUUAGUCAGAGAGACUGGAGAGGUCACUCCAAGGAGAAUAGCAAAGAAUUCGGAAACCCAUCCCGAAGGCCAUCAUCUCAGGAUGCAAGUUCUGAUCAGAGGUCAUUAGAUGAUACGGUGACAUAUUCCUCUCCUCAAUCUGAUUUUGUGAGUGUGUCAGAUAAAAUUCACUCUAAGGACCGUAACGAUAAGGUUGGUGGUGUUUAUGGGUUAGGAAAUGGCCCGAGGUCUGAUGUCGAAGUUUCCCUCGGCUCCACUGAUUGGAAGCCGCUUAAGUGGUCCAGAUCUGGGAGUUUGUCUUCUCGAGGAUCUGCUUACAGCAGUUCGACAAACUCAAAGAAUGAAAAGACUGAUUUACCUCGUAGAGUUGCAUCUCCUUUACAAAGCCCUUCUACUGAAGCUACUGCCUGUUUGACAUCUUCUCUGCCUUCUGAAGAUGCAAUUUCAAGGAAGAAGCCAAGGCUUGGAUGGGGUGAUGGAUUAGCUAAGUAUGAGAAGGAAAAAGUCGAGGUUCCUGAUGGAAGUCUGAGAAAAGAAGUGACUGUUCUUUCCAGUAGUAGUGCUGAAUUAACUCAUUCACUUGGUUCAAACUUUGCUGAGAAAAGCCCCAAAACUUUGCCCUUUUCAGAUUGUGCAUCUCCUGCAACGCCAUCCUCUUUUGCUUGCAGCUCAUCAUCAGGCUUGGAGGACAAACCAUUUAGUAAGGCAGCAAGUGUUGAUGGCAUAAUAUGUAGUUCACCUGGGUCCAGUUCACAAAAUCAUCUUCAGAAAUUAUUUUCUAGUAUAGAGAAGGUGGAGAUUAGUUCAAUUACUAAUCUAGGAUCGUCACUUGUUGAACUGUUUAAUUCUGAUGACCCAAAUACAGUAGAAUCAUGUUUUGGGAAGUCUACAUUGAAUAAGCUGCUGGCAUAUAAAGGUGAAAUUUCAAAGACAUUGGAAACAACGGAGUCUGAAAUUGAUUUUCUUGAAAAUGAACUUAAGUCCUUGAAAUCUGAAAACGGAGGGAAUGUUUCUCAUCCAAAAUCUUGCAGUGCCGUGCAUUUGGUGGAGAGCGUGCCAUAUUUCAAAGAACAAGAUGGUGUCUCUUGUAUUGCCUCUCGUCCUGCUCCCUUGAAAAUAGUAUCUUCUUCUGAUGCAACAGUUGAGAAAAUGCCAGUCUGCAUUGGUGACAAGGGAAUUGAAGAUGUUGGUACAAAGGCUGAUGAAAUUGAUAGUCCUGGAACUGUGACAUCAAAAUUUAACGAACCAUCUCGAGUAGUAAAGGCUGUUGCAUCUAAUCUUGUGGAAAAUGACCAUUGUUCUGAAGCUACAGAUUCAAUUGUACCUGACAAGAUGGAAGGAAGUUUUAAAAAAUCUGGGCCCUUUGUUGAUGAACAUUUAACAAUUGGCUCUGGUAAUGAAUGCAUUCUUGCUAAGAGUUGUACCAGUGAAUCCAUUUAUGGUGAUUUGACGACCCAAGCUAAUUGUGGAUCAUCCUUCCGUGAUCUAAUUUUUGCACGUAAUAAAGAAUAUGCAAGUAAAGCGACAGAAGUAAUUUUUAAGGAAUUACCAACAGAAAUGUGCAAGAUUAGCACUCAAAGCACCAAAAUUGUCUCCUGCUUUGAGACCGAGAAACUCGUUAAAGAGAAAAUUGCAAUGAGGAGGCAGUUUUUAAAAUUCAAGGAGAGUGCAUUAACCCUUAGAUUUAAAGCUUUGCAACACUCAUGGAAAGAAGGGUUGCUGCAUUCUGUGAAAAAAAGUCGCUCGAGGCCCCAAAAAAAGGAAUUGAGUCUAAGGGUGACACAUUCUGGCCAUCAGAAGUACAGGUCUUCAAUUCGCUCCCGUUUUGUACAGCAUGGAGAGACUCAGAACCCUGUCAUUAACUCUGAAAUAGCUAUUCGUUACUCCAGCAAGCUGCUGUUGAACCCACAAGUUAAGCUCUACAGGAAUACUUUAAAGAUGCCAGCUAUGAUUUUGGACAAGAAUGAAAAGAUGGCAUUAAGGUUCAUAUCUCAUAAUGGGUUGGUUGAAGAUCCCUGUGCUGUUGAGAAGGAAAGGAACAUGAUAAACCCUUGGACUUCAGCUGAGAGAGAGAUAUUCUGGGAGAAAUUAUCGUUGUUUGGAAAGGAUUUUAGGAAAGUUUCUUCCUUUCUCGACCUCAAAACCACAGCAGACUGUAUCCAGUUCUACUACAAAAAUCAUAAGUCUGAUAGUUUUAAGAAGAAUAAAAAUUUGGAGUUGGGGAAGCAAGUGAAAUCUUCUGCCGUCACAUACAUGCUAACAUCAGGGAAAAAAUGGAAUCCGGACGUGAAUGCUACUAACCUUGAUAUUUUAGGUGUUGCGUCAGAAAUGGCCGCACAGGCAGAUGGCAAUAUUGGAAACCAGCAAAAUUGUAAUCGUCAUUUGGGCAUGGGAGGGGAUAUUGGUUCAAAAGUAUCAUGGAGUGCUAGCACUCCUUCAAAUAAAAACAAUUUGGAUGCUCUUCAGACUGAGAAAGAAACUGUUGCUGCUGAUGUUCUUGCUGGUAUAUGUGGUUCAAUAUCUUCAGAGGCCCUGAGCUCUUGCAUUACAAGUGCUAUUGAUCCCAGUGAGGACCACAAGGAGCGGAAGUGCCACAAGGUGGAUUCUGCAACGAAAUUUCCUUCUACGUCUGAUGUCAUGCAGAAAACUGAUAAUGAACCUUGUUCAGAUGAUAGUUCUGAGGAUGUAGAUUCUUCAAAUUGGACAGAUGAGGAAAAAUCGAUCUUAAUGCAGGCUGUGUCGUCCUAUGGUAAGGAUUUUGAUAUGAUAUCAAGAUGUGUCAGAUCAAAGUCUAGGGACCAGUGCAAGGUUUUUUUCAGCAAAGCUCGGAAAUGCCUUGGAUUGGAUUUGAUACAUAAUUCUGGAGAUGUAGGAACACCUGGGAGUGGUAAUGAUUCCAGUGGGAGUGGGACCGACACUGACGACCACUGUGUUGUGGAAACCUGUGGAGCCCGCAGCAGCGAUGAAUUUGUCUCCAAGUCGGUCAAUGGCUUAUCAACUUCUGUUAUCAUAAAUCAUGAAGAAUCUGUUUCUGCUGUGACUGCCAACAUGCGGAAUAGUAGUGAAUUUGAGGAAAGUACAGCUUUUGAACAGUUGGAUGUUACAGGUGCUGAGGCUGUUGUAAACUUGGUUUCUGAGAUUUCGAAGGAAGAGGAUGUGCCCAAUCUAGAUUCUCAUUCUGCCUGUAGUCUCACAAAUGCUGCUGCUUUUCCAAGCCAGCCUGCACAUGACCACAAAAUUGAAGGCUGUUCUGAAAAUACUGAAGCUUGCAAGCGCUGUAACGAUCCUGACAUUCUGAGACCUGAAUCGGUGGCAACAGUAGAUGAAAACUCAGCAGCUGUGAGUGAGAGCAGAGCUACAACGGAGCUUGCAUUUGGAGGAGAAGAAGACGGAAGUGACACUAAUUUACAUGGGCAGAGUAUGUUACAGCGCUCCGUUCAGGAUUCGACUGGGUUUAAUUCCAAUCUUGAUCUAGAGUCCUUGGGAUUUGAUCCACGAAUUUCACAUCCAAAAAUUCUUAAAGUGGAUUCUGUAGCGAACAAGUCUUGUAUCAAGGAUGAAAACUCUCUUGUCAGGAAUUCUGGUCUUGGUGUCGUUGGAAGGGAAGAAAUGCUUAACCAAGAUAUGUUUCCAUCAACACUUGUUUUGCAGGGGGUUGGUGAUGCUCACCAAAAACCUAUGAAUAGAGAUGACUGUUCUGAUCACCAAAAUAGAUUGUCGCGCCAUAUUGAAUCAUCUGAGUUCCCAAGCAGCUAUCCUUUCAACAAACAAAUUGUUGAGGACAUAAAUAGAAAUAUCAAUCACACAGAUUUUCCUGCUUUUCAAGGGCUGUCAAAGAUCAAUUGUAACGGUACAUAUGUUGUUGAGGACUGCUAUCUUCAAAAUUGUAACAGUUCCAAGGAGCCGUGCCACCGGGCGGCUGAACUUCCUCUUUUGCCUCAGAAUGUAGAAUUGGGUCAUGAUCAUCAGAACACUUCAUGCAGUGGCAAUGCUUCCGAUUCGGAUGUUCCACGCAGUAAGGGUGAUGUGAAACUGUUCGGUCAGAUACUAAGUCAUGCCCCUUCCCUGCAAAAUUCGAGUUCUGGUUCUAAUGAUUGUGGAGAUGAAAAGGAAUUUCACAAGCUGAGGAAAUCAUACGAUAUGGGAGAAAAUGUUCCGUUAAGGAGUUAUGGUUUUUGGAAUGGAAGCAGAAUGCAGACUGGUCUGUCCGCAUUGCCUGAUUCUGCCAUUUUACAGGCUAAAUAUCCUGCUGCAUUCAGUGGCUACUCUUCAACGUCUCUUAAAACCGAACAGCAGCCAUUGCGGGCACUUGCAAAUAACGGUGACCGAAAUCUUAAUGAGCUGGUGUCAGCUUUUCCAACUAAGGAUGGAGUGGUCGAUUACCAAUCAUACAGAAGUCGAGAUGGUGUCAACAUGCGACCUUUCCCAGUCGAUCUAUUUUCCGAAAUGCAUAGAAGAAAUGGCUACGAUCCACUAUCUUUAUCGAGCUUACAGCAGCAGGGAAGGGUGGUUGUUGGAAUGAAUGUUGUUGGAAGGGGAGGGAUUCUCAUGGGUGGUUCUUGUACUGGUGUUUCAGAUCCCGUGGCAGCCAUUAAAAUGCACUACGCAAAGUCCGAUCAGUACGUCGGGCAACCUGGUAGCACGUUUACCAGAGAGGAUGGGAGUUGGAGAGGGGGAGGCAAUGGAGAUUUAGGCAGCAGCAGGUAGCAGUAGAUGUGCACUGGGGGGCCCCCUCACAAUCGUUUGGGAGGAGAUCCUCGCCUGUAUCAUAUGAUUAGUCUGUUUCAAGUUAAGAAGAAGUAGUAGGGUAGGAGUUGAAAAUUGAACCAAUGGGUUCUGAAAAAUCCAUCUUUUUGGUUGAAAGAAAAAAGAAAAGAAAAAGAAAAGAGGAAGAGAUUUUAGGGGAUUGUAAUAUUGUAGCAGUCUUCUGUAUUUGUUGUAUUUGAUUGCAACACAGAAAAUAAUGUUCUAAAAACUGGGAGCGGCCAUAGUCACACAGCUCUCUCCUCUCGUACAGGUCGAGCCUUCCCAACUUCGAUAGCCUAACCUACCUGACUCCUGACAUUCAUUCACCCAGUGGAGGUUAGUAGUUUUGGUCAGCUUCUCCUUUGACCUUUUUUUUUUUUGGGUUCUUUUCUUUCUUUCUUUGUUUAUCUUAUACUAGUUUAGUUGUAUUUGUAGGGUUUAGGAGUAUUUUGUAGCAUUUCCCUUAUAAUAUAUAGUCAUCAAAAUUUGUCCUGUAUCAUAUUUCCUUGUCUGUCUGUAUUUUAGAUUUUGUAUGACUAACGUGAAGAAUGAUUAAUCUUUGCCAAUGGGGUAAAUUUUUUACUGCGCCUUUUA